AGUAAAGAAGAGUUUCCAACUUUUCUCAUUAGUAAAAAGAUUUUUAAUUUUUGGCAACCAAGCUGCGACUUUUGACAGGUGGGUUUAUAAAUAAGGAAGCAAAGUCGUUUGCCAAAUUCGUGGUUAUCCAUUUGCCCGCGUUUAGUUGCUGUUGCUAAUAAAUUGAGAGCGCUUUCGGGUUAUUUGCGCAAAGUUGCCGGCUCCUGACCCAAACCCAAAUGCAUAAAUCACGCGAAGCCCCAAAACACAGUGGGGAGUCCUCGCAAUUGGGUUGUCCUCCGCACGGAAUUCAAUUCACAUUGGCCCCAAACUUUUGCCAUUAGGCAAGCGCCCACUCCUUCUGUUUCUUGGGGGAAAUGCAGUUUUUCGACACUUGGCUGGCGCCAAAAGCCUUAAGUACACAUCAACUGCGAAUAAUUUAUGUUCUCAAGCCACUCGCUUUCAUCUCAACCGGUGCAGCAGAGCAACCUUAUCGAGUGGCAGCCAUGGAAUAUGGAAAUUCCGGAGCAGCUGCAGUCAUAAAUUCAUUGAAAUGAAAUGCGAAGUACUCGUAAUCGGGGCACUCGGCUGCGAGGUUUACAGUGCCAAUGAAUCAUGUCUAAUUUUCGAUAUCGGAGCGACAUGAGUACCGAUCGAAGUGGCUGAAGGAUUCGGUGAGGUCGUCAUCAAGCAUACGCCCCGUGGCCCGGAAUGAUUAAUGUGCCAUAAAUGCGCGCGCCAAAAACAUUCACAGCUAGAGCCUAAGCACGCGAAAAGUAAACGCAGAGGCGAAAGCAAAUUAAAAUACGGAUUUUUAUGGCACUUUUUUUAUUGCAACACGUAAAACACAAAUUGAGACAAGAUGGAGUGGAGUGUAAGCGAAUUGCGUGCGCCUGCCUGCCACAAGCAAUUACAAUUACAAUUUUAAAUGCAACGCACAUAAAAUGCACGGAAUGUCUUUUUAAACGAUAAGGGUCCGCAAUUACAUGGCAAAUCUCGCACUCCGGAAUUAACUCAGUUGUAGCCCGACAUUUCAACAUACCACAAUGUCAAACGGAAUGCAAGGCGAUAUGCUCUCAUUCAAAUUGGCUGCUAUUUUCGUCACAUUAUCGUUAAUGACUCUGGGAAACCCUUCUUCUCUGGCCAGCAGUUCAAGGGAAUGCUCGAGUGUGAGGCCAGUAAUCCGAGAAGAUAGUCGCCAGCAAUUCAACUGGCUGGGUAGGAUUAGGUACACCAGGUCAGCGGGUGAGGUGUGGUAUCCCUGCUCCGGAGUGGCCAUAACCAGACGCCAUGUCCUCGUGCCUGCUCACUGCGUUCUAUUUCUGGAUAAGGGCGAUGCCUACAGUUUUAUGGUUGGAAACAGAAGACACGCCGUCAGUCGUAUUUUCAUUCACCCAGAGUAUCGUUUGGAGCUUCCGUCUUACGAUGUUGCCGUCCUUAAGCUGAACUCCCAACUGAGAUCCUGUUUGUCCGUAUCGGAGGAUACUGAUUCCCAUGACGUGAUCGCCCGGCUAUUUGAUGUGGUCAGUACGCUGGUGGAUAAGCAUCCGAAAAGCCUUCAUACCCUGGCCAGAGUCACGGGUCACCAGUACUGUCAGCGAAAAUAUAAAGAUUUCAUACUUAGUCACAAUGAGAUUUGUGCGUACGUCCACCAGGAUAAAGAUUUCUUAACUGGCGCAGCUCUAUUGGGUAUCGAAAUUGUAAAUGGAUCUGAGGCUUGGCGUCUUUUGGGAAUAUCAACGCACGGCCCGUACGAAAGAAACCGCAAGAUACCCGAUAUCUUUACGCUUAUAUACCCUUUCAAUAACUGGAUUGGGAACAUUCUUAGCUUAUAACUAAGUGUCCGUAAGAAAUAUACAAAUUAUUUAAAAUAUUAAACAAAUGGCAUUGUCAUAAUCAUUAAAUUCAAAACAAAGUUUCAUUCAAAGUUUCAAAGUUCACAUCUAAAGAAUCCUCUUCACACAUAUACAUACGUAACUAAAUAAGUGUUGGAAAAAUAGAUUGCAUUGCGGCAAUAAGAAAUAACUUCACACUUUAUCUGCAAGAGGUUUAUGUUCUCAGUGUGCGAAAUCAUUGUAAUUUCCUCUAUCGGAAAACAUAUUGUUCAGUUGACAACCAAAUGUGAGCGAGAUGACAGUAACCGAGGUUCUACUGGUUAUACUGGUUAUGCCCACCGGUAUCAUCGCUGAAGUUCAGCGCUGUGGAAGACUGUUGGAGAAUCAGCUUUACAACGACAAAACAUUCGCGGAACAGGAUGAGCAUCCUUGGCUGGGCCGUAUACUCUAUAGGGAUGCAAAUCAAUCUACCAUCAGCUAUCACUGCACCGUCGUACUGCUCAAUCCGCGACAUGGCCUGGCGCCAGCUCUCUGCGUGGAUGGAAGGUCCAUCCGGGGGAAAACCCCCUUCGCGGUCAUGUUAGGCGGCCCUGAGUGCUCCUCCGGCCGAACGUUUGAAAUAGACGAGAUCUUCAUUCCGCCUAACUACACCUACACCAGAUACGAAUUCGACUUCGCUGUGAUCCGCUUGAGGAAGGAGGCACAGCACAUCCAACCCAUAUGUCUUCCUGAAUCUGGAGAGUUUGCCCCGACCUUAGCCGGACAGAACGUGGAAGUGAUUGGCUUUGAAGUACGGACCAACGACACUAGCAUCUUGCGCCGGAAGACCUCUGCCCACUUGGUCGUCCAUUCGGUGUGUGAGGAGCAGUACAAGCACAUAUCACCACAUCAAAUUUGCGGGUACGUCCGCGGAGCUGCUUUGCAACCAGGUGCUAUCCUGGCGGGAGUUCGCCUAGUAAAUGGGGAACCGGGGCAGUACUACCUCAUCGGGCACCUCCUGGCUAAAUUUGAUUCGCUUGUUUCAGGAGCAGAUCUUUUCAUGUACAUCGCACCUUACAUAAAUUGGAUACAUGCGAGAAUCAACGGAUUAAACGAAAGUCACAUUGUAUUAAAAGCACCUAUUUAAUAAGUAAAAAGAGUGAAUUUAAAAAACAUUGAGCACCUGUAUAAAUAAUGUUUGG